AUGAGCGUGGCGGGGAAGCAGCCUCCUCCAGCACCGCUCGAGCGGCCCGGCAGCCUCCUCGUCCCCACUUGGACUAAAACUGGUAUUGCAUUGUUGUAUGAUGAAGUAUCUGAAAAUGCUUAUGACAUCCGACUGAAGCUUACAAAAGAGGUAUUAACAAUUCAAAAACAAGAUGUCGUCUGUGUUAGUGGAAGUGAUCACAGUGCAAAUCACAGAACUGUUACACUUCGUAGACAACCAGUUGGUGGCUUGGGCUUAAGCAUAAAGGGUGGUGCGGAGCACAAAGUGCCUGUCGUCAUAUCAAAAAUAUUUAAAAACCAAGCAGCUGAACAGACAGGAAUGUUAUUUAUAGGAGAUGCAAUAAUACAGGUUAAUGGUAUAAAUGUAGAAAGUGCUACCCAUGAAGAAGUGGUACACCUACUGCGAAAUGCUGGAGAUGAAGUUACCAUCACAGUUCAAUACCUCAGGGAGGCUCCAUCAUUUCUAAAGCUCCCAUUAGGUUCCCCUGGACCAUCCAGUGAUCAUAGCAGUGGAACUUCAUCACCUCUCUUUGACAGUGGCUUACAUUUGAAUGGAAACUCAACUAACACGGCUCCAUCAUCACCUUCUUCACCCAUAGCUAAUGAACCAAAAUACGAGAAGCGCUGGCUAGACACCUUAUCAGUUCCUCUGUCGAUGGCUCGAAUCUCCAGGUACAAAACCGGAACAGAUAAAUUAAGAUCUAAUGCAUUUGAAGUGCUGGCACUCGAUGGAGUUAGUACUGGGAUACUUCAGUUUUAUACAGCCCAGGAGAGUGCUGACUGGCUGAGAGCAAUGUCUACUAACAUCAGUGAUUUGACACUUCAAAAUAUGAAAAUGGCAAAUAAAUGCUGUUCUGCCUCUGACCAGAUCAUACAUAUGGGAUGGGUAAAUGAGAGACUUGAAGGAACUGAUUCAUCUCAGCUCUAUAAAUUCAAGUUUCUGGCCCUGAAGGGUUCAUCCUUCUACAUUUUCAGCACUCCACCGGUGAGCACACUAGACUGGGUACGAGCUGAAAAAAUCUAUAACCUCUGUGAGGUUCUAUUUAAAAUUCACAAGAUGAAGAAUCACAUACUGAAACAUAUCUUUCAGCUCUGGCUUGCUGAUGAUUGCUGGCUACAAGCAAACUUGUAUUUAGGUAUUCACCAGGACUUUGAUCUUGAAGACCAGAGGCCGUAUUGUUUCAGUGUUAUGGUUGGACAUGGCAAGAGCCACUAUUUCAAUGUAGAGCUGGGCAGUGAAUUGGCAGUGUGGGAGAAAUCAUUCCAAAGAGCAAUUUUCUUGGAAGUUCAAAGAACAGGGUCUAAAACAUAUAUGUGCAGUUGGCAAGGGGAUACCCUGUGUUUCACAGUCGACUUUGCUCUAGGAUUUACCUGUUUUGACAGUAAAACAAAGAAUGUGCUGUGGAGGUUUAAAUUCUCUCAGCUCAAAGGCUCAUCAGACGACGGGAAGACAAGAGUAAAACUGCUUUUUCAAAAUAUAGACACCAAACAAAUUGAGACAAAGGAACUUGAAUUUCAGGAUCUGACGGCAGUUUUACACUGUAUUCACUCCUUUAUAGCAGCAAAAGUGGCAUCUGUGGAUCCAGUAUUCAUAGACAGUCAGAGUAUUGCAAGAAAAUAUAUGUACAGUAACUGA